AUGAUCAUAAAAAUAUAUCUAUCCUCAAAGCUGAUAGAAAAAUGUACCUUUUGCGAACUGUACGGACUGGUGGAAGAUUUGCGUGAUGAAAUCCGAUUCACCGUGCUGGAUGCCGAACCGCUACCCAACUACACUGAACCAAUCGGAAAGAUAUGCAGCGUGACCGACUACCUGCAGUUCCGGACGGCGCAAAAUGAUAGAACACUCCGGGAACAGCUCGCACGGGAAGAUAACUUUCUGCGACUGGCCAUAUCGAACAGUGGCCGUAUUAAGCACGUAAUGGCAAAAGUUAAAGGUGUUACGAUCGAAUCACUCAACAAGCUACUUAUCAUAUACGACGAGAAAGGCUUCAGCAAUCUGGCCAAGAAUGAUCUGAACGCUGAAGACUGUGAUAAUGAUUUGCUGCACCUAGCAAGACUAAUCAAAGCAAGCAAAGCGGAGUCUGCCGGAUGGAUGGAGAAACUACAAGCGCUUGCGGAUCAAGAGGAAACCCAACGCUUGUACGGAUGGUUGCUCCCAGUGGGCAAGGGUUUGGGGAUGAUGUUUAGAAAAACGGCACUGUACUAUCACUUCAAUGAAUGGCUGGAAUGCAUUCGGCAGAAGGAUGCAAAUGCUGUUAAAUGGACUCUGCUGAUAGACAUUUGUUUCGGUGUGGCUAUUAUGAGCUUGAUUAUUUGCUUCGGAAAUCCUGGCACACGAUUCAUGGAGUUUGCAGAGAUCGUGGUGGACAGUCUUUUGCAGCUUCUACAGACUCUCAGAGGUAAUCCGAUUGGAUUGAAAUUGAACGGUUCGCUGAACGAAUUUUUCUUCAGCUGCUUUAGCUACCAGGUUGAUCUGUGGUGGAUGUUUUUAAUUAUAUUAUCGCCAGCUAUUCAAUUUCUCUUCGUACCGUUGUCAAUUUUGGGCCUGUUCGGAUUGUCCUUUCAAGUGGCCAUGCUUUCAGAUUUGAUUGUUCUCAUCAGUUUGCAUGCGCAUUGUUUCUACAUCUAUGUAGCGGUCCUUUAUCGGAUUGAAAUUGGAGGAAUAGGGGCACUGUACCGUACCGUGUUGGGAAAGAAGCGGAAUGUACUGCGAGAUCGCGUCGAAGCUCACGACUACAUGAAUCGGCAACUGUUCCUUGCUACUCUUUCCUUUACUGUACUGCUCUUUCUGCUUCCUACUAUUUUAUUCUAUUACAUAGUGUUCGCAUCGCUACGUUUGGCAAUCUACUGUCUAUCGUAUACGCUGAUGAAAAUACGUCGCACUAUUCUACGGUUUCCGUUCGAUGCGAUGGUGCGAUGGGUACGAGGUGUGUACACGAACCUGGAAAGCUUGGAAAUAUACAACAUCGGUUCGAUAGCGAAAGAAAACGUGACAAUCACGUACGUAGCGCCCCGGUCGGCCACGUUUUGGUUCCGGGAUACUGCGAGCGAUUUCCCGCGCUGGGAACCGAAGCGCCAGAACAGUACAACAAUUGUAGAGUUUUUAGUAAGUUUAGUCAAGGGAGAGUUGGUUACCUUCAUUCAACCCGAUGAGCGUGUUGUAUCACGAGCAAAGGAGAAAGAACAAUAA